AUGCCUAUAAUAACUCUCGCUCUAAAUUUCACCAUCCUGAGCGUCACCCUAUUCUCCUAUACCAUGACCUUGCGAGAAAUUAACUCCGUCAACUUCUGCCAAGAACGUGCGACCAAAUUUGAUACCGCCGCCACAAAAUCGAAACAAAUCGAGCCUGUGGUGGUUAGGAAGAUAGUUGGUUAUGUGCUUAUAUUCUUGUUCCAAUGGACGCCGCCGAUGAUCUACGUGUUCAGUCAGGUUAUCGACUACGACGAAAUGUGGAUAUAUAUAGUAACAGACGCCACCAUAAACCUAGGCGGCGUAGGGAACAUGAUUCAAUAUAUCAUCAAUGAAGGAUGGUGGGAUAAUCAUGAGUCGCCCACUACCUCAGUCGACUCUAGCAUCACGCCCCCCACAUACAACACUGCCGCAUCGUCAUCCACUGAAAACCAUCGAAAAUCUCGCAAUAUUAAAGAGGACACGAAUGAUACAUUCGACAAUGGAUUUUUGUCGCCGCCAAAAUCAUUGUUCUCACCUGGUCACCUUUCUCAAAUAACUGUAGAAGAAGUGGUCACCGUAAUAAUUGAAGAAUCGCCCCCAUUAUCCACCAAUGGUGAAACUCCAUCGCUAUUUCGAUCAAGACCAAAUUCCAUUGUGUCGUUCAAUGUAGACCCAGAGAGUGAUGAAAAAAAACAAUCAUCUCAUGCAAAGUUUAAUUCAACGACUCGCGAAGAUAUCGAUUUGCCAAUGAUAGAAACCACCGAACUUUCUGCUGUAACAAUUACUGCACCUUCUCCGGCUACAUGCACCGCGCCUUCACCGACCAUAAGCAUCGCCAUACCUUCACAAACUAUAAUCGCCACCGCGCCCUCACCAACUAUAAGCAACACCGCGCCCUCACCAACUAUAAGCAGCACCGUACCUUCACCAACUAUAAGCAGCACCGCACCUUCACCAACAAUCACAUCUUUACAGAAUACAAGGAACACCCCAACUCCAAAGUAUAAUGUUAUUCAAACAUUACCGCGAUACGUCACCAACAAAAAUACAGCCGCUACCACUUCAAGCACUGAAAGUUCCGAUCAAAUCCGUGUGAAUGAACUCGACCAAAUAAUAAUACGCCAUGACAAAGCCGUAUUGAAACGCGGUGGAAGUUUGGCAAGACAAGGUGGUACCAUGUUACACGGUGACCAUGGUUUGAGAAGCAUUCGCAGUGAGGAGGGUAUUAACAGACACUUCUUGGUUAGCAGUAGUCAAGGUUCAAACGGUAACGGGGAUUCUAAUGGGAGUGCGAAUAUUGAGGUUUCUGGAAGUGUAAAAAGAUUCGUGAGUGCGAAUAAUAAUGUGGGUCGAAGCAUAAGUCUUAACAAUGGAAGUUUAGGUCGAAGUAGGAGCGAAAGCUUAAACAGCAAUAAUAGCCGUCGUGGAAGAAGUGGAAGUGAGAGCAGCCAUAAAGGUUUAAUUAGAUAUGAAGGUGUGAACGAUCGUUUUGUGAAGCAAAGUGAGAAUUUUUUUGAUGAAGCGGAUGAAUAUUAUUUUAUGUAA